GGUGCCGAAGCCAAAAAUCUUCGGCUUCAUCACUCUUAAAACCUUAUCUUUCCUCUCUCUCUCUCUCUUCUCCGCGGGACCAAUGGCCGCCUUCUCCGCCAACGGACACCUUAUUCCCGCCUCGAAAAGUUCCAUCUCCUCCCGCCGGAAACAUCCACCCACUCCCUCUCCUCGCCUUCCCCGUUACUCCUCGCCGUCUCCCCGCAUCCCAUCGAUAAAAUGCAGCAGCAGUAGCCGCCGAGAUACACAAUCCCCUCCUCCUCCUCCUAAGGACGAUUCUCUCCUUCGAAACCUAGCGAAGCCUCUCGCCCUAGCCUCCGUCUCCUCCGCCGCGGCGUCCUUCUUUCUCUCCCGAAUCUCGAAUCUCCCGUCGCUCGGCGGCGGAGGAGGUGGAGGAAACGACGGGAAUCACGGUGGAUUCGGCGGCGGAGGCGGAGAGGGAAACGACGGUGGAUUUUGGAGGGAUUUGUUCUCUCCGGCUCCCGCGGUCGCCGACGAGGAACAAUCGCCGGAUUGGGAUUCUCACGGCCUCCCGGCGAACAUCGUGGUGCAAUUGAACAAGCUCAGCGGCUUCAAAAAGUACAAGGUCUCCGACGUCGUUUUCCUCGACCGGAGGAGGCAAGCCACCGUCGGAGCCGAGGACUCCUUCUUCGAGAUGGUGUCGAUCCGACCGGGUGGGGUCUACACCAAGGCUCAGCUCCAGAAGGAGCUGGAAACCCUAGCGACCUGCGGGAUGUUCGAGAGAGUGGACUUGGAAGGGAAGACGAAACCCGACGGAACCUUGGGAGUCACCGUGGCCUUCGCGGAGAGCACGUGGCAGUCCGCGGAUAGGUUCAAGUGUAUCAACGUGGGGCUGAUGGCUCAGUCGAAGCCGGUGGAGAUGGAUGCGGACAUGACGGAUAAAGAGAGGAUGGAGUAUUACAGGAGCCUCGAGAAGGACUACAAGCGGAGGAUGGAUAGGGCGAGGCCGUGUUUGUUGCCCGCGCCUGUGCAUGGGGAGGUGAUGCAGAUGAUGAGGGAUCAGGGGAAAGUCAGUGCGAGGCUGUUGCAGAAGGUUAGGGACCGUGUUCAGAAAUGGUACCUUGACGAAGGGUAUGCUUGUGCUCAGGUUGUGAAUUUUGGGAACUUGAACACUAAGGAGAUUGUCUGUGAGGUUGUGGAAGGAGACAUCACUCAGGUCGUUGUUCAGUUUCAUGAUAAGCUUGGUAAUGUCGUUGAAGGGAACACUCAAGUUCCUCUCGUUCGCAGAGAGUUGCCCAAGCAGAUUCGCCAAGGCUGUGUUUUCAACAUUAAUGCUGGGAGGCAAGCUCUGAAUAGCAUCAACUCACUUGGACUGUUCUCUAACAUUGAGGUGAAUCCACGCCAAGAUGAAAAGAACGAUGGGGGCAUUAUCGUGGAAAUAAAACUGAAAGAGCUUGAACAGAAGUCAGCUGAAGUCAGUACCGAAUGGAGCAUAGUUCCUGGGCGUGGAGGAGCUCCCACAUUUGCUUCGUUGCAGCCUGGUGGCUCUGUUACUUUGGAACAUCGAAACAUCCAGGGUCUUAACAGGUCUCUCAUGGGUACAGUGACUACUAGCAAUCUCUUGAAUCCUCAGGAUGAUCUUUCGUUUAAGCUCGACUAUGUACAUCCAUAUCUGGAUGGUGUUUACAAUCCUCGUAACCGUACAUUCAAAACAAGCUGUUUCAACAGCCGCAAACUUAGCCCAGUGUUCACUGGAGGACCAGGUGUUGAUGAAGUGCCGCCAAUUUGGGUUGAUCGAGCUGGUGUAAAAGCUAACAUAACUGAGAACUUCACCCGUCAGAGUAAGUUUACAUAUGGGCUUGUGAUGGAGGAGAUAACAACUCGAGAUGAAAGCAGUCACAUCUCUGCCAAUGGUCAGAGACUAUUACCUAGUGGAGGAAUCAGUGCUGAUGGACCACCAACAACUCUCAGUGGUACCGGUAUUGACCGGAUGGCCUUUCUACAAGCCAACAUCACCCGCGACAAUACCAAGUUUGUCAACGGGGCUGUUGUUGGAGAGAGGAACGUGUUUCAGGUGGAUCAAGGCUUGGGUAUUGGAAGCACAUUCCCUUUCUUCAACCGCCACCAAUUGACUCUAACAAGAUUCAUUCAGCUGCAGCAAGUGGAAGAAGGCGCUGGCAAGCCACCUCCACCGGUUCUAGUCCUCCAUGGACAUUACGGUGGCUGUGUUGGUGACCUUCCGAGCUACGACGCUUUCGUCCUGGGUGGUCCAUACUCUGUCCGUGGCUACAACAUGGGUGAACUCGGUGCAGCCAGGAACAUUCUCGAGCUGGGUGCUGAGAUUAGAGUACCUGUGAAGAACACGCAUGUGUAUGCAUUUGCUGAGCAUGGGAACGAUUUGGGAAGCUCCAAGGAUGUGAAGGGGAACCCAACAGCAGUCUAUAGGAGAGUGGGACAAGGUUCUUCAUACGGUGUAGGUGUGAAGCUUGGUUUGGUAAGAGCUGAGUAUGCUGUAGAUCACAACAAUGGAACUGGAGCUCUAUUCUUCCGGUUUGGAGAGAGGUAUUAAUGUAAUGAGAGAGGUAACCUUCGGCUUGCCAUUAUUCUCUUCAAGGAUUUUUUCAAGGCCCUCUGUAUUUUCUUUUCCUUUUUUCUUUCCUUUUAUGGAUUUUUAAAUCUUUUUUAAUAAUUGAUUAAUGUUUCUUUAAGUAA